AUAAGAGAUCAACCCUAUUUUAUGCUUUUGCCUUAUUUUUAAGUCCUGCAGGCUCUUGCCCUACAGAGUGGAGGAGAGUUCUCACUGGCUUUUACUCGGUUUCGCACAGACAGGAAGCUGUAUUUUCCCCUUCUGAGCAUCUUUAACAGAAAGAGGAAGUUUUCUGCUGUGCGUUUGCUCGCUGCCUCUCCAGAGCUCAGCCUGCACUGUGAGGGGAAGACUUCCGUGCUCAUCGAUGGACCUGUACCAGGAGGCUGUGCAUUAUCUGCAGUCACAGCAUGUACCAGUUGUAGCUGAUGCAGAGACAGACGUCCUGGAGGAGGAUGUGUUCCAGGAGGAGGCAGUGUCCGGUUACCUCUCGCCUCUCCUCUCGGAGAGCUUGGACUUCCCCGAUACCCCUACAUUCUGCAGUCCUGAAGACAUGUUGGAGAGGAGGCUCGUGGUCCUGAAAGGCAUCCUGGAGAGUGAGGAGGUUUAUCUCAGAGAGCUGGAGGCCCUGCUGAUGCCCAUGAAGGCGCUGUGGGCCUCAGCCGGGACCUCCCAGCCAGUUCUGUCCAGUCGGCAGGUCCAGACUGUUUUCUACCAGGUGCCUGAGAUCAGAGACAUGCACCAAAUUUUCCACUCUGGCCUGAAGGCCCGUCUGAGCGCUCACUGUCAGACCGAGCCCAGCCCUGGUGAGGAGAGAAAAAUGAGCCUCACAGGCUUUGAGCUCAUGGUGGGAGACCUGUUUCUGAAAAUGGUAAACCAGAUCGGCCUGUAUGGCGGUUUCAUUGCAAACUACGAGGAAGCUGUUGAUGUUGUUCGCAAGUGCACACACUCAGACCCUCGUUUCCGAACCCUGGCCGAGAGCAUGAUGUCUAACAAUGGCUCAGACAAAACACGCACCAAAUACACCUUUGAAGCUCUACUAUACAAGCCUUUGGACAGAGUAACCAAGACCACACUAGUGCUGCUUGACCUCUUGAAGACGACUCCAGAGGAUCACAGAGAUUACGCAGCCUUACAAGAAGCUCUGAGAUUGUCUCGCAGCUUCCUGUCUGGUAUCAACGAGAGUUCACAGUGCAAACGGGAGGUCACGCUCAGUCACGGCAUGAGACGUCAGCUGAUGCGUGACGGCUUUGUGGUGGAUGGGAGUGAAGGGGAACGCAGGCUGCGUCACCUCUUCCUUUACACCGACCUCCUGCUGUGCACCAGAUUCAAACAUGCAAGCAGAGGGAAGCAGGACCAGUAUAGGUUCUGCUGGUAUGUGCCUCUUGCUGGUCUCAAACUUCGCUGGGUUGCAGAGCAGGAACGUUCACCAGUUACACACCUUCGUAUACACACCAUCAGAACCAAGAUGUACCUACUCCGACAACAGCUACGGCAACAAGCAACAGGGUCCAGGCUCAUGGCUUUGUCAGCUCGUAGCAGGAAGAAACUGGAGCAACUUGAGCUGAUGCUGCUCACACACUCCCCUGUUUACAGACUGGAGCUGCACAGCCCCAGUGGCAAGAGUCACACUCUCCUCCUCUCCUCCCUGUAUGAACUUGAAGAAUGGAGAGAAGCCAUACACAAACUCACCACAGACAACAUCGAAACCGUCCCCCCAGACCUGCUCACCCUCACCAGCGCAUGUGUGAAACUGAGAAUGACCCAGCAGCCACCACUACACAGCACAAACGCUGUAGAGCACGAGCAGUCGUUGUGUGGGACUCUGAGUGUGGCGAUCCACUCUGCCUACGGCCUGCAGCAACCAGCCUGUGUGUAUGUGUGUGUGGAAGUGGAUGGCUAUGAGUUUUACGAUAAACAAGCCCAGACGCACUCUUCAGUCCACAGCUUCAACCCACACUGGGACCAGGAGCUGUCUUUCCAGGUGGAUGGGGCUCAGGACCUGAGGGUGCUCUGUGUGAGUCAGUCUGAUAGACAGGGUGAUACUGUCCUGGGCAAAGCUUCUAUAAAGUUGCUAUCUAAAAGCCUGAAUACGCGAUGGAGGAGACAGACUUUACAUCUUGGCCAGGUGGAGGUGACCCUCUCCCUGAAGUACUGUCCGCACCCGCUUGAACCACCGAGAUCUGUAGUCCAACAACAGCCUGUCUUCUGCGUCCCCAUCAAAACUGUGGCCCAACAGGAGGGAGUGCUUGUCCCCCAUGUGGUGCGCUGCUGCGUGGAGGAGGUGGAGAGGAGAGGCAUGGAGGAAGUGGGCAUCUACAGGAUUUCAGGAACCACCAGUGACAUCAACACGCUCAAGACGGCAUUCAACAGCAAUCUGCGUGAAGCAGUGACCAGGCUGAGGAGUGCUGAAGUAAACGCCGUCUCCGGUGUUCUCAAACUGUACUUCAGAGAGUUGCCUGAGCCUCUUAUACCCACAGAGCUGUUUCAGAGCCUCGCCAGGACGCUGG